AUGUCGCUCAACCAACUAUCCAUGCUACUUGGCCUUCCCGACGCAGACUGCAAACAGAUACUCGACUACGGAUCCACCCUUUCCAAGGCAGAGGCGGCAGACCACUUCAAGAAUUUGCUUGGCGACUCGCCUCAGGCCAUCGAGUUCAUCUCUUCCUUCAACUCGCGACGACAAGACCCAAAACCCGCUCCCACUCCAGCCACACGCCAACAGCCCCCCUCAGACUUGGAGGCGGUGCCAAGACAACAAAGGGCGCCCAAGAAGAAGAAAGCACCACUACACACGCCAGCUCCGCGGCAGAUCACAGACGCGACCCCGGCGUCGGGAACAGUCUACAGCAAAAAGACCAUCGAGGAUGACUACAUAGCAGGCAAGCCCGGCGCAUCGACGCCUUCUAGAAGUAGUUCACCAUUCAAGGCGCCUACGCCAAAAUCAUCCACACCGCCACCCCAGAAAUUCAGCAAGCAGCCUCCAUCCGCAGCCGGGUCCCUCGUCUCCGACCGCUUAGCACCUAAGCAGAAGCCGAAAUCGAAUCCAACCUCACGCAGCUCAACACCAGGGCCGGCCUCCAAGGGAAAUGCGCCAGUUACAAAGGUGUCCAUCGCGGGCGGCACGCCCAUGCACGGCGCCUCAACCGCCGUCGCAGACCUGGACGCAGCCAUCCGGUCGCUAGAAAUAACGACGAACCCCUCGCUGUCCACCUCGGGCGACGACUCCGCGCGGCGUUGCAACUGUGUCGCAACCCGGCACCCCCUCCAGAGCGCCGCGCCCAACUGCCUGAGCUGUGGCAAGGUGAUCUGCCUGAAGGAAGGCCUCGGGCCCUGCACGUACUGCGGCACACCCCUGCUCUCCCCGAGCGAGAUCCAGUCCAUGAUCAAAGAGCUGCGGGCAGAGCGCGGCCGCGAGAAGCAGGCGGCGGACCGCGAGGCGCACAAGCGGGCUGACGUGGCGACCAAGCCCAGGCUGUUCACGAAGCCGCGGACGGGCGACGACGACCCCCAGCCGAGCGAGGCGGAGGCGCGGGCGCUCCAGCAUCGGGACAAGCUGCUCGGUUUUCAGGCGCAGAACGCGCGGCGCACGACGGUCAGGGAUGAGGCGGCCGACUUUGACGUGUCUGGCGCGAUGGCCGGCUUCGGCGGGAACCAGUGGGCGUCGCCCGAGGACCGCGCGCGCGAGCUCAAGAGGCAGCAGAAGAUUCUGCGCGAGAUGGAGUGGAACGCGCGGCCCGAUUACGAGAAGAGGCAGCAGGUGGUUAGUAUCGACCUAGUGGGCGGCAAGGUGGUCAAGAAGUUUGUGGCGCGUGAGAGGCCCGCCACGCCCGAGGACGAGGACGAGCCACCGCUGGGGGACUCUGGCGCUGGUGUUCUGGAGGAGACGAGCGCCAACCGGCGGCCCGGGGCCGGGGGUGCUUUCAGCAGGAACCCCCUACUAGGCGGCAUGAUCAAGCCGAUAUACGACGCCAAGGGCAAGGGCGCCGUGCUCGAGGGCCGCAAGGACCGCUCGACGAGGUGGCGGAGAGUGCAGGACGACCUCGAAGACAACGAGGCCGUCAUCCUGGACGGCGGUGUGUAUGGGGGCCAGCACAGCGCGAGCACAGGCCGCACAGGGGAUGAGCCAGACUGCGGGUAG